UACUGAAGCUUAUUGUAUUAUGAACUUCAACUCUCGAGUUGCGAGCGGCUCGUAUCUUCUACAAGUGAGGAUCAGCAUUAUAAGUGACAGGCUGAAUCGCUCAGCAUCCACAUCUAUAACCCCGAUGUCUCCCUUCCACAGCUGAGCCCGCAAGACUUCUCUCCAGCUCGCGACUCUCCUUAAAGAAAGCCCAACUCUCUCACAUUCAUUACAUCUCAAAGAGAGACAAAACAUCAACUACAUUCUUUUCGCAAUGAAGCGGCAACACGUCGCCCUGCCGGGCCUGAAAUCCCUGGCCGCCGCCAUCCUCGUCGCCCGCGUCGCCGAGGGCGCCAAAACCUACUGCGCCGACCAAAACAACGUCGUGGUGGCGGACGCCAAUUGCGACGGCACCAAGCCCGCAGACACCUUCUUCAUGUUCUUCAGCGAAGAGGACUCCAUCCCCGUCGGCAGUGCCGUCGAUCCUCUCAAGACGGACCUGUACGACAGCGCAGACCCGAUCGAGAGACAGAACGCUAGGUUCCCUUUCGAAGUCGACGAGGCCAAGUUUGAAACGAGAGACAUGGAGCCUGGCGGGUUCGGUAGGCGAGCUUGUGGACGUACUGGCGGUAGAGUUGGAGGUGGAUAUAUUGGAAGACCUAUUGGUGGUGGCUACUACGGUGGUUAGAAGCCUUCUUUCUAGGGAUGAAAAGCAGAAAGAUUUGAGGGUCUCAAGACCGAUGUUAUACCACAAUAUACUUGAAAACCUUACGGGAUCCUGCUCCUAUUCAUCCACAUUUGAUCUCAUUACCAACGAUGCUUCACGAGACUUCCGUCAGCUUCUAUUAGCUGUGAGGUACGAUCUAACCACGAUCUGAGCUUGAUUCUCAGCCAUGGAAAAGUCACAAUCCGUCCGUGUCCAAG